ACUGGCAUUUCCAGAGGGAAUUUUUGCCCCAAAAUUGGCAUGGCUACUACCUUAUCUUGUCUCAGUCUGUAUCCUGUCAGAUGAGUAAGGGAUACUUACAGAAAGCAACAAAAGGAAAACUGCUAAUAAUAAUAUUUAUUGUAACCUUGUGGGGGAAAGUCAUAUCCAGCGCAAACCAUCAUAAAGCUCACCAUGUUAAAACGGGCACUUGCGAGGUGGUGGCACUCCACAGAUGCUGUAAUAAGAACAAGAUAGAAGAACGGUCACAAACUGUCAAGUGCUCCUGCUUCCCCGGGCAGGUGGCAGGCACCACGCGAGCUGCUCCAUCUUGUGUGGAUGCUUCCAUAGUGGAACAGAAAUGGUGGUGUCAUAUGCAGCCAUGUCUUGAGGGAGAGGAGUGUAAAGUUCUUCCUGAUCGGAAAGGAUGGAGCUGCUCCUCUGGGAAUAAAGUGAAAACAACUCGGGAUAAUGGUGGCAAAGAGGAGGAGGGCUACAAUGAAUAA